CGGGCAGGGGCGCGGGCAGCGCCCGGAGGGACCGGGGGGCCCCGGGAAGGAGGGGUGGUCCCACCAUCCCUGCUCCAGCUGGGAUUGGCCGGGAAUGGGAUGUUUCGGGAUUGGGGAUGGAGCUGGGACCCUUCAGACGUGCCGGGCUGAAAUCUGGGGGACACAGGGAGGGGUGGAGAGGCUUCACCCCGGUGGUCACAGGGAGAGCAGGGGUCGAGAAUCUUCAUCCCGGUGGUCACAGGGAGAGCAGGGGUCGAGAAUCUUCAUCCCGGUGGUCACAGGGAGAGCAGGGGUCGAGAAUCUUCAUCCCGGUGGUCACAGGGAGAGCAGGGGUCGAGAAUCUUCAUCCCGGUGGUCACAGGGAGAGCAGGGGUCGAGAAUCUUCAUCCCGGUGGUCACAGGGAGAGCAGGGGUCGAGAAUCUUCAUCCCGGUGGUCACAGGGAGAGCAGGGGUCGAGAAUCUUCAUCCCGGUGGUCACGGGGAGAAGAGGGGCGGGGGUCUGGGUCCGUACCUGCGGAUGUACGAAUGGGUGAGCCAGGGCGGAUUCAUGGGUUACUGCUCCCUGCCGUGCCUGCGCGAUUGAGGGAAAACACAGCAGGAAAAGCCUUUGCAGCCCUGGCACAUGCCGUGGCCAGCCAGCAGGCCACCGUCCCCUCUGGUGACACGGUGCUGGGUGGCAGAGCAGGGUGCUGAGACCCUCCCGCAUCUUUUGGGGGGGCUGCAAAGGCCUUUUUUAAAGCCACGGCCACUCCCUCCGUGCCCAGCAGUGGCACCAAGGGCUGCUCCACCUGGUGCCACCCCAGGUCCAAAAGGCACCGUGGGCUCCUCGGUGAGACCGGCUCCAGGUCGGGCAGGACUUGCUGCUCCGGCUCUCCUUGCCAGACCUCGGCUUAUCUCGCCCCAAAAGAUACAUCUUUAUUGCUCUGCAUCUUUAUUGCUCCGCAUCUUUAUUCCGCUCUCCUCCAGCGCAGCUGUGUUGACGGGAGCUCAAGCAAAAACAGGUUAUCCCGUGGGUGAGGCCAGCGUGGAGCUGCCAGGGCUGCUGGGCGCUUUGAGGGGCUUUUUGGAGCUGUUGUGUUUCCUGAGGAUUUGAAGCAGGGAUGCAGCUCCCUGGCCGUGCUGGGAACAGGGAGCCUGUGCUGAAUUCCGAGCGGGCUGGGGUGGCUGGGCUCCAAGUUAAUGUGUGACCUUGGCAGCAGAGGGCUGGGAGCCCACACAAGCUCCCACAGGCAGCCGGAGACAGGGGCUGCUCGCGGGGAGCCAAAUCAGAUUAGCAUUCCCAGGAAUUUCAGCCUCUUGCACCCAGGGAGCUGCGACGGCUUCCGAUCCUUCGGAGAGCAAGAGGAGCUCGGGCAAACGCAUCCGGAGGAGCUCCCACAGGCAGGACAAGAGGAUUUACAGGCAAGGCGAACGACAGCCGGUGCCACCCAGCCUGCCCGACUGCUCAUGUCGCUGCCGAGCCCUGCAUGGCCCCAGCGGGACGAGCCCUCCCCCUGCGGCACCACCACCGGCCUCCCCCCGGCCUCGUCCGACAGCGACUCCGGCUGUGCCCUGGAAGAGUACCUGGAACCCUCCGUGGAGCCCGCGCCCCCCGAGGUCCUGCCGUGCUUCGGGCCUGGCUCUGCCUCUGACAGGACCCGGCUCCGCGCCAGAGCCCUCCUGCAGCAGCUGCCUCCUCAGGACUGCGAUGAGCGGUUCUGCCCCGAGCUCGCCGAGGAGGAGCGGCGGCAGCUCCGAGCCUUCAGCGCCCGCCGCAGGCAGGAGGCUCUGGGGCAGGGCCUGGCGUGUCCCGUGCCGGGUCCCUGCCACGGCUGUCCCUGCAGGAAGUGCGGCCGGAGGCUGAACAAAGGGGACCCCGGGAUUUCGGCGUCUCGCCUGGGGGACCAGUUCUGGCACCCGUCCUGCUUCUCCUGCCACUUCUGCCACCAGCAGCUGGUGGAUCUCAUCUACUUCCAGCAGGAUGGGAGGAUCUACUGCGGCCGGCACCACGCCGAGCUCUUCCGACCCCGCUGUGCCUCCUGCGACCAGCUGAUCUUCAUGGAGGAGUGCAUCGAGGCCGAGGGCAGGCGCUGGCACCUGGAGCACUUCUGCUGCCUGGAAUGCGACGAGCCCCUGCGAGGGCAGCGCUACGUGAUGAGGAGCGGCCGGCCCUGCUGCCGGGGCUGCUUCGAGAGCCUCUUCGCCGAGCCGUGCCAGGCGUGCGGGGACCCCAUCGGUGUUGACGGCGAGGAGGUCACGCACCAGGGGCUGCACUGGCACGGCCGAGCCUCCUGCUUCUGCUGCAGCCUGUGCCGAAAGCCGCUGCGGGGACAGCCCCUCACCUGCCGCCGCGGCCGCCUCUUCUGCUCCGACACCUGCAGCCGGGGCCAGGACGCUGCUUCCACCGCCUCCGACUCCUCGGACUCGGCUUUCGCCUCGGCUCCAUCCCCCGACUCCACGCCGCUGCCCCGGGCCGGCAGGAGCUCGGCAGCGGGGGGCUGCAGGCAGCGGGGGGAAGGCGCCGAGGCGUUUUUGGAUCAGGCCCCGGUGCACCCCGCGUUCAGGAGCCCCGAGGAUCUUGGAGCAGCCGCACGGGAGCGGAGCAGCGACGCUGCCAAGGAGCACCCAGGGGUGCCGGGACCCCCAGCCGGGCACUCCUCAGCCCCCCAGCCCAGCCCAGAGCGGCCCAACGAGCCCGGAGCCUUGGGCCACCCGCUUUUGGGGGGCCCUGACCCCCGAACAGCAGCGGGCAAUGCAAACCCACACUUCCAAGCGGGCACCUCCCCUCCCCGACACGGCGCCCGGGCAGAGGAUGGCACGGAGGAGGAGGACUCCUGGUGUCCCACCUGCUCCUCAUCUUCGGACUCGGACUCGGAGGAGGAGGGUUUCUUUUUCGGGAAGCCCAUCCCCAAGCCCGGGAUGAACUCCCUGGGCAGGGAGCCCCCUGGGAGGGGCAGGGGCAGGACGGCCAAGCACUGCAGCGUGUCCUAACAGCGGGGCCGGGGUCCCCGAGUGGCACUGCCAGCUCCUGCCAGCUCCUGCCAGGGCCUCAACACGUUCCAAGCGCGUCCUGGCCGCGGCCCAAGGCCGGUGGGAGAAGCUGCUGGGAUCCUUUCCCCUCGGGGGCUGCUGGCAGAGCAGAGCCUGCUGUUCCUGCCAGCCUCUCCCGCAAUCGGGAACAGGUAAAGCAGGAAGGGAGCGGGGCCGGCAGCGCCUCCCACAAGGCGACAGCUCCGGGGAGAGCGGCCGGAGCUCCAGACAAGGGCAGCUGCCUGCAUCACCCCACUGCUGGGGACACGUGGGACCCUCCCCUGGACUCCUCUGUGCCCCACUGCCACCUGCUCUCCAUCCCUGGUGGCACCGUGUCCCGCUGCCACCGCGGGGAGGGGAGCAGGGGCACAGCUCUGCUGCUGCUGCCCGUGACGAAGCUCCAAUAAAG